AUGUCCUCUUCUUCUCUUGCCGUCCCGAUCGCACGAUGGGAUCACCCCCCAUAUUCACCAGUGACUUGUAUUGCAUAUAAAGAGGCACAUAUAGUAACUGGCUUGAAGAAUGGAUGUCUAUGGAUAUAUACAUGGCGCAUUGGCGAGAGGGGAAACAUUGAACUGCGUCACAAAAUUUUCUGUAUAGGCCAUUCAUCUCCGGUAACAACAUUAGCCAUAAUCGAAAAUCAGACUGAUGGGAAUGCUGGAAAUAAGUAUGUUGUGAUUAGUGCUUCGGAAGAUGGAGAAAUUAUGAAAUGGUCUCUGAUAGAUGGGAGAUGUCUGGCGUCCAUCUCGUGUGUAUUGGAUGGUAUUCCAAUGGCGUUGAAUUGUUUGGCUGAUUAUACACAGCCUGCAAAGUAUAUUUUAUGUUCCGGAUUUUCGAAUGAAAUAGCAAUAUUGAACGUAUCUAAUUUAGAGGUCGUCCGAGUUUGGGGAGGACACAAUGACUGGGCAGCAUGUACACCAUUUUAUGACUCAGACGCCCGCCAGAUACGCUUACUGACCUGUACAUUCAAUGGCAAACUACGAAUAUGGUCAUUUGACGAAACAAAGCAAACGAUCACGAAAGAAUAUGAUGUUAUUAACGUGUUAAGCGCGAAUGGGGAGAAGAUAUUCAAAUUAGUAAAUAAUCCAUAUGAUAUUGGCGUUAUUCUGGCUAUUUCUAGGAACUCGGUGUCGACAUUCACAGUACGUAGAAAUAAAGCCUUAAAUGUGCAACGAAUAGACGUGCCCAAUAGUGGUGAGAUAUGGCAGUCUGGAGCGUUUGCUCCGAAAUCCAAAUUAAUACUCUGGACAGAGCGUGGCAAUGCAUAUGUCUACAUGCUUCCACCAAUGGACCGUGCAUACUCCGUUGACAAUGGUUCUACUAGUCAUAGACGCAGUGUAUCUAGGAGAUCGUCAAUACCACUUACAGCUAACGAAAAUGCGAACACUGAAAGAACAACGCAUGCAGGACGUUCAAGAAACUAUUCUGAUAGCACCCGUUUCUCAUGGAAAUCACUCUCCGCCAACACUCCAAAAAUGAGAAUCAUAGAAAGUGAGAGUGACGAAAUACCUAUGAAUAGAUGGAAUGUUGAAUCGGACUUGGCAAGUCUAUGGCCAUUGAAGAAGGAAGACAAUAUGGCAGAAGCUACAGUAUCGGCUAUGAUUUAUGAAGAACACAUGGCUUUUGGUUACGAUAAUGGGGAGAUUCACAUAUACCCGCUUUCCAAAGUGCUAUCAGAGGACUUUUCGACUGCAGAUAAGUUGAGUGAUAUACGAAUACUCAGGGGUCAUUAUGGUAGAAUCACCUGUAUAUACACACCAAGUUCAUCCAAUUUUGGAAAGAAAUAUAUCUUAACCGGAGGAGAAGAUUUUUCCGUUCGUAUAUGGAGCUUUGAAAACGGAAAGCGUCUAGCAAAAUUUGCUACUCACAGUCAACCUGUCACAACUUUCAUUGACGUACCAUGUGAUGUAGGGACACGACUCCGUGGUUGUGUUGUUUCGAUUGCAAGGGAUAAUUCGUUGUCAAUUAUUUCACUGGAAGAAAUGAGCUGUUUAUAUGCAUUCGAAGGGCACACGCACGGAAUAGCUGGCUUGCAAUGGAGACCAAGUAGAGAUUUGUUAGUGAUUUUUUACCAAGAUGAAUCGGCACACUGUUGGCAGAUACAUUCGGGCACUCUAGAUAAGAUUGUUUGUGGGAAGGCUGCCAGAGAUAUGAUGAAUGAGAGGCAGUGGAAGAUGAGUGUGAUUCCAUCAAAUGAGAUAUCCAAGCGAACAGGUAGCAAAUCAACAAGCAUCACAUCGCAACCUAUUCAUUUCCAAGAGACAGACACUACUCCACUUCAUAUUCUGACCAUAAACAUAAAACAACUAAUAAACGACAUAUACCACUACCAUGUCUCUUCGUUCGGUUCCUUCGCACUUUUCAAAUCCUCUUCAACCGAAGAAUUAAACGAAAAAUCCCCCAUGCUCCAAUCAAAAAUUGUUUCUUGGGCAACACCAAUUCAUUCUAACCAAUUAACAGGAGGUGCCUCAUCAGCAUCAGCAUCACCAUUAUCGAGCGAAACUGAGAGCAGGGCUUUAGGGCCGAAACUAGUGGAUAGUUUGAUCUCUUGUUUGAUUUCAUGGGGUGUUGAUGACGAAAUGGAUAAAAUUUGUGUUGAGAAGUUGGGUUUAAAGCGUAGUUGCAAUGGGAUUAGCCUAGGAUUAAAGGGAGCAAACGGAUGCUUAUCAGUGGCCGCCCCAUCUCCUGGCGAUGGACGUGCGCAAUGGAAAAUAUCACCUAUAAUUACAGCGACACGCCUAGAGAAAUACUCAAAUGACUUAAUAACACACUACGGGACACGUCUUCCACACCGCAUUGAUGGAUUUUGCUACCCAUCACUUUCGUUUUUGGCUAAAUAUUUUCAAGACUCAGUGCCUGAUGUGCAGAGCGCCGCUAGAACAUUGUUCACAUCAUCCUUAAACAGUAUGCCACGUGAGCAGCAACAGGCCGUUAUUGAUUAUUGGAAGCAGUUUCUGCCUGCAGUAGCUUCCGGGCCUGAUUUUUCGAACAAUCAAUACAUGGCGCGUUCAACCAUAUUACUUGCCAUGAUUGGAGUCGAUAACCCAAAGGCUUUACCUGAGAAUGUGGCAGAGAGCAUAUCACUGUCACUUACGAUACUCUUAAAUGAUGAAGCGAAACCGUCCAACCGGCUAGCGGCAUUGGAUCUUUCAAUUGAUUCCGACACAAAUGUUGCACCUGUGAAGGCCAUGGCGCGACAGGCAAUAUUUCAUGUUGCUUCCAUAAACACACCACUCUUUAUUUCUACGCUUAUAUGUGAUACGAUGAAUACCAAAAAGCCAGCGGAAAAGAAAGGCUAUUUGAGAUUAGUGUCACUGUUUAUUAAAAAGAUGCCUCAUGUGUUGUAUUCCAGUUUACCGAAGGUGGUGGCGGCCGUGGUGAAGUCUUUGGAUCCGAAUAUACCGAAUAUGAGAGAGACUGUGUUGCAGACGAGUACUGGCAUAUUGCAUGAUUUGGUUAAGACUUUUCCAUCAAUUAGUUUCCAUGGUCCAUCGCAGAAAUUAGCUGUUGGAACGUUGGAAGGUGCCACAGUCGUAUAUGAUUUGAGAACUGCAACGCAGUGCCAGGUGUUAGAGGGCCACACCAGAGCGGUAACAGCUCUCUCCUUUUCGGAAGAUGGCAAACGCAUUGUGUCAUGUUCACUAGACGAGAAGACGGUUCGCGUAUGGAAUCCAUCUCCUAGCCUUCUUGGGGUGUUCGGGGGAGCAUCCCGAGAUCGCAAAGCAUUUGGGUUCAAUCUUGGUGAUGACGUGCAUUUGUCAGUUCCAGCGUCGAACAACGUCAUACAUUUUGAAUGGCCGUCAGAGAAUACCGUAAAACUAUAUGUUCACGAGAAUAUAAUGUCAUUUAAUGUGUAA